AUGAAGCCAUCCACACUCUCUUUUCUCCUUGGCCUGAGCCUCACCAAUCUCGCCACGGCCCGCACAGACCUAGAAGGCUGCGUCUCCUCCGAAAUCGUAAUCGACUACUACGCCAGCUACCUCUGGUACGUCCCCGGCACCGGCGAAAUCUGCUCCUUCCUCGACUGUGGCGGCGGCCGCGCACCCCCCAAAACAAACCAGCCCGGAUGUCCCCUCUACAAGGGAACUGCUACCGUCACGCCUAGCUAUAUCGAGGGCUGGGGACCCAAUGGCAAGCAGGCUGCUUCGACCACUACCGCUGCAGCGACUGCGACUGCUAUUUCUGCACCUGCUGAAACUACCUCGAGCUCUGCUGCGACUUCGGACGCUUCAACUGGCUCUUCUUCUUCGGAGGGCUCUUCUUCGGACUCUGCCUCCGGCACUGAAACCAGCGGCAGUUUGAUCACCGCUGCCCCCACCAGCUCGCCUGCUGUUUCUAUGACGACUACUACAUCGCCUGUUUCGAGCGCUGCCAACUCUACCUCCACCAGCCCUACGCCCACUGGUAAUGCCGCUAACACCGCUGCCUCCAAUUUUGGCGUGAUGGCCAUUAUGGCUGCCGUUGUUGGAGCUAUGGUUCUGUAA